GGUGGUAAUAGAGAGGAUUGAAGUUACAAACAAGACCCGUGCAGCUCGUGUGGGGAGUAGAUGCAGGACGCUGCAGACGUCUAAGGUUUCCUCCUCCAGGAUCACUAUCAUCAAGGUCCUUAGGAUGGACAAGAGUCACAUGAUUGACAAAAUAUUAAAUCUUACUGUGGAUAUAAUCUACUUGUUGACUGAAGAGGAAUAUUGUGUUGUAAACAAGAGAUCUGGUGAGCGACUGUUUCCCAGCAGUAAUGCUUUUAUGUUAUUGGGAUGGAACAGGACACAGAGUGUCCCAAACCAGGAUAAAAACAAUGAGCAAGAGAUCCUAGAAAUCACUAACCAGAUCAUCCAUCUUCUGACUGGAGAGGGUGAAGACUUGAUUGAUAUUAAGGUUGAAGUUACUGAGAAAGAAGAAUUGUUUGGAAGUGAUAGUCAUAAGUGUGAGGAGGAGGAGGAAACUCCAGUCACUAUUAUAACAGAUGAAUAUUUUAGAUCUUCCAAUCCUCUUCAUGCGCAAGAUCCUCCAGAGCAACAUACUGUCCUACAGGAUGAAAAGGAUGGAAACCUGUAUGAUGCAAAUGGUACAGUUUGCCGAAAUGGAAUUAAAAACGACAAUUAUCAAAAGAUUGGCCAACUAUGUAAAGAGGAGGAAAUUCAUACAGAUGUCAGCAUAGCCGAUGGACUGAACUGCAGAAGCUACACUGAUGAAGAAUGUGAUAUGUUACCUUCUGUGCAUGAAACAGAAUAUAAUAUCUUCCAAGGUUCUCCUUGCAAAACUAAAAGCCUCCGAAAUAACCACCUUAUACCACCUGGAUGUGGAAAUAGUUUUCCGAAUACCACACAUGUUUCUGAACAAAACUAUAUUACACUAAGAGACAAAUAUUCCAUUACACUUACUCUGCAGCAGGACCAUCCUGAAGAAGAAAAGCUAUUUUCUUGCCCCGAAUGUGGAAAAGGAUUUACAAAGAAGUCCUCUCUUGUGAGGCAUCAGAUAAUUCACAUCGGGGAGAAGCCAUUUUCGUGUAUAGUUUGUAGCAAAUCUUUUGCCCGUAAAUCAACCCUUGUUGAACAUAAGAAAACUCACACUUGUGAAAAGCCAUAUUCCUGUUCAGAUUGUGGAAAGUGUUUUGUAAGGAAAGCAAACCUUUUAGACCAUCAGAGGAUCCACACAGGAGAAAGGCUGUUUUCGUGUCCCAUUUGUCCAAAGAGUUUCACCAACAAGACUAUUCUUGUGAGGCACCAGAAAAGUCACACUGGAGAGAAGCCAUUCUCAUGUUCAGAGUGUGGGAAAUGUUUUGGACAUAAAUCUGUUCUUGUUAAGCAUAAGAUUGUUCACACCGGUGAAAAACCCUUUCCAUGUUCUGAGUGUGGAAAGUGCUUUACACAGAAAGGUAAUCUCAUGGAGCAUCAGAAGGUCCACACAGGGGAAAGGCUGUUCUUUUGCUCCUACUGUGGGAAAUCUUUUACCAAUAAAGCCGUUCUUAUGAGGCAUCAGGUGACACACUCAAAGCAGAGGCCACUCUCCUGCUUACAGUGUGGUAAAUGUUUUAUGCACAAAGCAAAUCUUACCAAACAUGAGAAAUCUCACAUGGCAGAGACUCCAGGAUCUGAACCAAAAGCACUUAGUCUGUGACCUUACUAGGAUCUUGUUUUAGGUCAUCAUUUUUUAUUCCUAAAUUGUAGUCAUGUAUCAGUUAAUAUUAAUUUGAAUGUGAUGGAAAAUAUUCCUAAGUCUUAUGAUAAAGUAAAAAAAAUUAUAAUUACUUCCAGAUGUCUUUUAUGUCUUAGCAUUAAGAAAAAAAACCUUAUUCCCUUAACAAACACACACACACACACUUACAUACUGAGGAAAGUGAAAAUGGGGGAGAUUUUUUUAAAGCCUGUUCAAAGGAAAAUGGUGCAGUUGCCCAUAACAAUCAAUCAGAUUGCUUCUUUUACUUUUCAGAGGCCUUUUUAAAAUAAAAAAAUUUAAUCUGAUUGGUUGCUAUGGGCAACUUUCCCUCUACACAGGUUUUGAUAAAUCUCCCUCAAUGGGGGAAAUUUAUCAAAAACUGUCCAGAGGGAAAGUUGCUGAAUUGCCAAUAGCAACCAAUCAGAUUGCUGCUUUAAGAAUUACAGAAGCAAUCUGUUUGGUUACUAUGGGCAACUGGUAAUGGUCGGCUGGAAAGAUUACUAUGAUAAGCUAGGCUUUGCAGUAGAGCCAGAUGCAAAAGCGGCCUUUAAGAAUCAGAUUGUUAACAUUGACUAACUUUAUGGCACCUGUCCUAGGCCUGGUUCACACAUGCCUGACAAGGCCACAUUUUAGCACCUUUACUAUGCCUGGCCUGACCGCAGGUCUAAUACAUCCCUUUUAGAGGGGUUUAUAAUACAGUGAGGAAGA